UUCUGCUCCGCCUCCCAACGACACGACCCCCUUCUCCUCCUCCGCCACCACCUCCGCCUCCGGCCGCCAUGCUACUGCCUUCUCCUCCGCCCUCCGUUUCCUGACUCAGCCGCUGCCCCUACGACACCUCCUCUCCUCUAAUCGAGGUACACUACAAAGGAUUUCUUGUUUGCGCGCAGUGGAUUUCUCAGCUGUUGGAUGCAAGCGUAACAUGUGCCCAACGAUCAAUUCAUUAACCCAAGACCUGCCUCGGAUCAAUCCCGCCGCUUUCGUCUACCUCUUCGAGUCUGGCUGAUGGGAGGUGCCCGUCAGCAACCGGGCGUGGACGGACCUUCCCUCAGAGAUGCCAGACUGCUUGGGAACGGCGCCGUGGGUGUGGCUGGAGGCUAUGGGGAGGACGACUUGAGGAGCAGUGACCGGCCGGAUGGCCUGCUCAGCGGGCCAACCGCUGGUCCGCAGCAGGGAAGUGACAUGGAAAACCACCAGCAGCAGGUCUGCUGGGAGCGCUUCCUCCAGAAGAAGACUAUCAGAGUCUUGCUCGUGGAGAGUGAUGAUUCAACUAGGCAGGUGGUCAGUGCCCUGCUUCGUCACUGCAUGUAUGAAGUUAUCCCCGCCGAAAAUGGCCAGCAAGCAUGGAGUUAUCUUGAAGACAUGCAAAACAACAUAGAUUUUGUUUUGGCUGAGGUUUUUAUGCCUGGUAUAUCUGGAAUAUCUCUGCUGAGUAGGAUCAUGAGCCACAGUAUUUGCAAGAAUAUUCCAGUGAUUAUGAUGUCUUCGAAUGAUGCCAUGGAUACUGUCUUUAAAUGUUUGUCAAAAGGUGCCGUUGACUUUUUAGUCAAGCCUAUACGUAAGAAUGAACUUAAGAACCUUUGGCAGCAUGUGUGGAGACGGUGCCAGAGUUCCAGUGGCAGUGGAAGCGAAAGUGGCAUUCAGACACAGAAGUGUGCCAAAUCAAAAGGCGGUGAUGAAUCCGAUAACAACAUUGGUAGCAACGAAAACGAUCACGAUGAUGAUGCAAGCAUGGGACUUAAUGCAAGGGAUGGCAGUGAUAAUGGCAGUGGCACUCAAGAUUUAAAUGAUCUGAUGGGGUUGGGUGGCAAUCAGAGAAUGGCGCAGAGCUCGUGGACUAAGCGUGCUGUGGAGAUUGACAGUCCACAGGAUAUGUCUCCAGAUCAGUUAGCUGAUCCACCUGAUAGCACUUGUGCACAAGUGAUCCACCCAAAAUCGGAGAUAUGUAGCAACAGAUUGCUACCAGGUACAGCCAACAGAAACUUCAAGAAGCAAAAAGACACUAAUGACGAGGGGAAGAACUUGGAGAUAGGUGCCCCUAGAAAUUUAAAUAUGGAUCAUCAAUCUUCCCCAAACGAGAGACCCAUCAAACCAGCAGAUGGACGUUGUGAGUACCCACCAGAAAACAAUUCAAAGGAAUCAAUGAUAGAAAAUUUAGAGGAGCCAACUGUUCAAGCUGCUGAUCUAAUUGGUUCAAUGGCCAAAAACAUGGAUGCCCACCAGGCAACAAGAGCUGCAGAUGCCCCUAAUUGCUCUUCCAAAGUGCCAGAAGGGAAAGAUAUGAACCGUGACAAUGUUUUGCCAUUACUUGAGUUGAGUUUGAAGAGGUCGAGAUCAUCUGUAGGUUGUGCCAAUACAGGCCAAGAUGAACAACGGAAUAUAUUAAGACGAUCAGAUCUCUCAGCAUUCACAAGGUACCAUACAUCUGUAGCUUCCAAUCAAGGAGGGACAGGAUUUGUCGGGAGUUCUUCGCCGCAUGAUAACAGCUCUGAGGCUAUGAAAACGGACUCUACUUACAACAUGAAGUCAAAUUCAGAUGCUGCUCCGAUAAAACAAGGCUCCAAUGGCAGUAGCAAUAACAAUGACAUGGGUUCCACUACAAAGCCUACUACAAAUAAGGAGAGAGUGAUGUCCCACUCAGCUGUUAAGGCUAAUGCACACACAUCAGCGUUUCAUCCUGUGCAGCACUGGACGGUUCCAGCUAAUGCAGCAGGAAAAGCGAAGGCUGAUGAAAUGGCCAACAAUGCAACUAAGAAUGGUCACCCUGGUGAAGUGCAGAGCAACCUCGUGCAACACCCUCGUCCAAUCCUUUAUGUCCAUUUUGAUGUGCCACGGGAGAAUGGUGGGUCAGGAGCUCAGCAAUGUGGUUCCUCCAGCGUAUUUGAUCCUCCACUUGAAGGUCAAGCUGCCAACUAUGGUGUGAAUGGGAGCAACUCAGGCAGUAACAAUGGAACCAAUGGGCAGAAUGGAAGCAACGCUGGCACAAGUACGGCUGCUGCAAAUGAUGAAAGGACAAACACGGAGAUUGAUAAUGGUGCCAUUGACAAAAGUGGACCUGGAGGUGGCAAUGGGAGUGGAAGUGGCAGCGGCAAUGACACAUAUGUGAAACGCUUCGCCCCAGCCAUUACACCACGAGAAGCACGACUGAUGAAAUAUUGGGAGAAAAAGAAAGAUCGAGACUUUGGGAAAAAGGUGCGAUACCAGAGUAGAAAGAGGUUGGCUGAUCAGCGGCCGCGGGUCCGUGGGCAGUUCGUGAAGCAAGCUGUGCAAGAUCAGGGUGGACGGGAAGGAGCUGGAGAUAGAUGACCCCCCUGGUGUGGCUCCCGCUUGACAAUUAGACAGUUGAUUCUUCCAUCGCUUAUGAUCUGAUAUGGUCGACUACACCCCAUCCUUCAUUUCCAUCAUUGGUUUCUCCACAUUCAGAGUCUAUUACCUAUGCUAGAAAGAAUAAACAACGAACUCCGAUCCUAUCAAUCAAUCCCCGUAAGCAUGUAGAGGAGCAAGUGCAUGUCUUGACUCCAGAUGGACUGUAAUUCUACGCGGAGUCAUGCUCGCUCCUAUGUAGCUAAGCAUGUACAAGUGUACUCGUAA